AUGGCCUCCGCGUUCGGAACGAUGUACAUGGUUGCCUGGGCUGUGAUGAGGCGGCGUAAUACCAUCUGCUAUGUGGAGGUAUUCAGGGCAUUGCAGCGGGUAGUGCAGAAUAUGCUUCCACGCAUAGUAAUUACCGACUUCGAGCUGGCAUUACAGCGAGCUGUGCGCAUUGUUUGGCCACUAGCACAAUUAUUGGGAUGUUAUUUUCACUACGUGCAGGCGCUGAGGCGAAAUCGCGCAGCGCACGGACUCACCACCGCCAUUGUGCAAGCCAAUCCAGUGCUUCGCAGGAUCUACAAAAUGGCCACCGCGCUCCCUCUGCUCCCCGCAGACGAUAUCCCCCUGGGAUUCUCCAUACUGCGGGAGUAUGUGAGAGAAUCGCAGUCGCCGGAAGCGCAAAGCUUUUACCAAUACUUACGGGCGUAUUGGUUUCCCCGACGUGCACUACUUUCUGUAUAUGGUCAACCAAGAAGGACGAACAACGAAAUGGAAGCACUCAAUAGGCGCCUACCGGAGCAGAUGACGGUACGGCAGCACCGUCCCAGUUACGAUACUUUUCUGAACGGAAUGAUGGAGGUGAGCAAUGCCCAGUAUGGGAGAUACCUGCGAGCCGGGCAAGCGCAGCAAGUUCGUUGGCCGGCAGACAGACGACAAGAAGCGCAUGAGCGUGACUUGACCCGUGCUUGGGAUGAGUAUGACAGGGGCGUUAGAACUGCCGAAGAAGUGCUCCGAUUUUUAGGCCACCAUGCGCCUGAUGUAGCAGCGCCAGAGGCAGAUGCGGCGAGGGACAACGCGCGAGAGCGAGAGGAAGACCCCGUGGCAGCUGUAGACGGACACGACGUAAUCGAAGUAAUAAAUAUAGAGCUGGAUUGGGAUGAUGAACCGGUGAUCCGUCAAUUCGCAGAUGACGACGCAGAUAUACCGCCACCUCCUGCAUUGCCACUCCUACACGGGGGAAAUCCUCCACCUGGUGGCGACGGUGACAACGCCGAUGCUCAGGGUGACGCUGGUCAAGUGCGCGGUGGUGCCAGAGGAGCGCGCGGCGGUAACAGAAGAGCGCGCGGCGCUAGAGGUGCCCGCGGUGGCGGCGCUAGAGGUGCCCGCGGUGGCGGCGCUAGAGGUGCCCGCGGUGGCGGCGCUAGAGGUGCCCGCGGUGGCGGCGCUGAACAAGCGCGAGGUGGCGGCGCACGCGGUGCUAGAGGUGCGCGAGGCGGCGGCGCUGAACAAGCGCGAGGCGGCGGUGCACGCGGCGCUAGAGGUGCGCGAGGCGGCGGCGCUGAACAAGCGCGAGGCGGCGGCGGCGCUAGAAGACCGAGAGGAAGCAGAGCUGGACGAGCACGUGGUCGCGCUGGUCAUCUACCGUCUCCGUUCAAUUUCAUUGAUGACAGGCUGAACGAACAGCAGGUGGAUGAUCCAGAUUCGGAUGAAGAUCUGUUUCUGGUUCACGUAGAGGAGGUGGAUGAUUCAGAUUCGGAUCAAGAUCUGGUUCACGAAAUUGCUGCUCCUGUUCAACAAAUCAUAGUUCAAGCCGAUGUUCACAAUCAGCCGCAGCCUGAAAAUGAACCAGCACUUCAGCAAAAUCAAAUAAUUGUACCAGCACUUCAGCAAGAUCAAAUAAUAAUCGUUCAAGCCGAUGUUCACAAUCAGCCGCAGCCUGAAAAUGAACCAGCACUUCAGCAAAAUCAAAUAAUUGUACCAGCACUUCAGCAAGAUCAAAUAAUAAUCGUUCAAGCCGAUGUUCACAAUCAGCCGCAGCCUGAAAAUGAACCAGCACUUCAGCAAAAUCAAAUAAUUGUACCGGAAGAAGAGGCGAUGGGUGACGCAGAACCAGAUCAGGCAGUUCACGAACUUAACCGAAUAAUCGGUGGAGAGCCGAACAAUCAGCAAAUCCAACGAAUCGAUGGACUGUGCUAUUUAUGUUUUGAGCGUGAACCGAACGCGGCCGCAUUCCCAUGCGGUCACAUGGGAUGUGAGCCGUGUUUAAGAAGAACACGCGCAAUUAGGGGGGCAAACAACGCGUGUCCCCAAUGUCGCGCUCGGAUGAUGUGUAUCGCCGAAAUCCGGCGCAACGCCGCAGGCCAGCGGCAUUGCAUGAUAUGCCAUGUAAGGUGGGCAACAUUUGCCGGUGCGCCCUGCGGCCAUCAGGUAUUCUGCGACGUCUGUAGUGAUAAUACGGUGACCGCAGGAGGUCAAUGCCCGGUAUGCCACAGGGAUGUGGUGUUUGUCGCCGAAAUACACUGGCCGCGUACUACCGCGUAAAAAGUAGUUCCCGUCGUCGUCGUUCGGAGCAGGUUUCCGUCGUCGUCUCUCGGAUGUAUUCGUGGCUCCAAUCAGGGGACCGUUCGUAUUUAAUAAAUUCCGCUGGCGGACAUUGUAUAUGUAUAAUCAAGAUAACUUGAAAUGUAAAUAGAACAAAUGUACAUAAAAUACCUGUAAAUAAUCCAAGUCGGAGUCGAGAUUCUCAAUUCUGCAUUCUAACUAUUAACUACCCUGCACAAUACAAUUUAUUCUACUUUCUAAUCUACCGAUGACGCAAAAUGUCGAAAUUCAACUAGACUGGAGAUGCGUGCGCAACAUACCUUAUCAGUGUUAUCAAUUGCUACCGUAUACGGGUGCUUGUUGUUGUCGUAUUUUCAUAAUCAUAUUCAACAAGUUCGAGAGAGACUUUCUGUUUCAAGAUUUUUGCUACAGGAUGGAAGGACAUGAAAUUUGGGAGCGCUUGGCUAAAAAGAACGUAUGCGAUAGAGAAGCAUGCUUCUGGUGGUUUUCAAAUAUCAUUGGUGAAAUUCCGAACCUGGUACCCGGACAUUCACAAAGACUUUUCUGAGAGUAAUACCCUACAAUUUGAGCCUGCUCAGCUGACGGAAAGCGGCAUGAGAUGUUUCGAACGAUUUUUCAAUACUGUCAAUUAUUCAAAGGAAGGAAAGUUACACCAGAAAACAAGAGAUUAUCAGGCUGGCUAUCUUGAUUUAAUUGCAACUGCAUAUUUAUGGAGGUGCUUAUGGCGGUGACACGAUCGCAAAUCAAGCUGUAGAAUUUUCAAGAUAGGCGAACACGAAUUUAUGCCCUCGUUUGCAAACGUCGUUGUGUGAUUUUCAUGAUGACCAUAUCGUAAGUGCAUGAAGCAAUCAAGAUAGCUCGUGUAUGGAAUCGAACGAAGGCCCUGUGAAGAAUCCAAUGAGUAGAGAAUCUUUCAGGAUGUGCUGUAGCUUGAGAGUCUUAUACGAGUUAAUAACUUUGCAUCCGAAAGGAAACCGUCACCUUUGUACUACAGAGCCGGAUGAAGAAAACGAUGUAACUUUAAUCGUGCGAUUCGCCAAUACCGGACGACAACCAGAUGAGAUACUUAGAAUUUGUUUUAAACGGAAAUAUGACUGUCGGAUGUUUGAGGAACAGGUAUUGCGUGAAUUGAAAUCGAUUUCGAGUAAUUCACAAGUAGAAUUGUACGCGAACGUAUGGAUCCAGUUGACGAUAAACGACUGAUAUCGGAUAUCCAGCUGCUAUUAAAGAUAAUUCGUUAUUGACAGCAAAGCUCGUGCAAGGAAGUGGUAAUUUGUUUAGUUCACCGGACAGAAGUUCCGAUAGUUUGACUGGUUCGCCUUGCGUCAGAUUAAUCUCCAAAUGACGAUGAAAUGUACUUACCUGACGUGAUUAUAUCGUGUAACGAACAAUACACCUAGUUUUUUUUUCCAAA